GUCGAGCUUAGUGGAACUAGACUGUCGGGUUUGCUUUUGAGCGUGUGCGUACACGGUGUGCUUCUUGGUGUCCACUUAGCUUUCACUGCCCAGGAUUUAGGUUUUCCUGCUGGUUUAGGGACACGGCUGGCAAUCUCAAAGAGAGCAGACAAGACUCUGGCUCCAGAAAUACGGGUUCGAGGAGAGACAGGCCCCCAGGGAUUUGCAAUCUAAAGCAGGAGAUUGCCCUGUCCUGAAGAAACCUCUUCUGAAGACUUCCAGGAGGUGAGAAGCAAGGGUCCUUCUGCAGAGAGAGCUGCAGAUGGCUCAAGACCAGCCUUUGCUGGCUGUGCAGGAGGUCCUGAGGAAGUGCUUCCCCGUGGUGGAGCAGCAGCAGAACCUGUGGCAAAGCACUCUGCGGGACUGCUCGCCCCUCCUCUCCUCUCUCAGCAACCUGGCUGAGCAGCUGCAGGCAGUGCAGAGUCUGCGGUUUGAGGAUGUGCCGGCCCUUCGUCCCUUCCCGGACUUAGAGGAGCGGCUGAGGCGCAAGCAGCUGGAGGCUGGUGACAUUGUCCUGGACAAGCUCGCCGAGAGGCUAGCCACCCUCCUCAAGGUUCGAGACACCAUCAGCGGGCAUGUGGAGCAGGUGUUUCAGACCUAUGAGCAGCAUUCGGCUGCACUUGACAUGGAUGCUGUCCUGCGGCCCUCGGUUGUGAGCCCCUCUGUGGCUGACAUGUUGGAGUGGUUGCAAGACAUCGACAGACACUAUCGGAGCUCGUACCUGAAGAGAAAGUACCUCCUCUCCUCCAUCCACUGGGGAGACUUGGCCAACGUCCAAGCUCUGCCUAAGGCCUGGGACCAGAUCUCUGAAGAUGAAUGCCAGACCCUUGUGCCAGAUAUCCUGGUGAGUGUCUCCUUCUUCCUGGAGGAGCCAGGAAGCUGCUCAGUGUCUGGAGAUCUGGAGCCCCGAAGUUGAGGGCUGCUGUUGCUACCUCUGCUGUUUCUAAGUGAGCAUCAGCAGUGCAGCCCGACGCCCUGAGAUAUCAGUACCUACGGUAGAGGCCCCUAGGGCUUCUCCACGCUGGGCCGAGGCCAAGGGUCCGUGGCUGUUGCACCUGCGGCUCCGGCAAGUGGAUGGGGUAGAGGAAACAGGAAAAGCAGCACUGAUGAGCAGUGUCCAUCUCCAUCGUUAGGCUGGAGUGGCAGGGAAGGAAAGGAUGGGGUAGAGGGCCACAGUGGCCUCUGGUUCAGCUGAAGUACUUCAUCCAGUUGGCUUAGGUCCUGGUUCUGUGUGUCAGUAUCUGAGUCCUUAAUGGUUUAAAGAUGUGAGUGGAUCUGGGAGCACAGGGCAGUAGCAACGUGUGUGUGUGUGUGUGUGUGUGUGUGUGUGUGUGUGUGUGUGUGUGUGUGAGACACAUGAAGCCCUGGAUUCAAUCCCUUGCACACCCUAAAAAGGGAGGGACCGAAGGAAAGAGCAUUUGAAAUGUUUACCCCUUCACAGUAGUUCAGGCCAAUUUCCAUUUCCAAAACCAGCCACUAGGGGGAGAUGGUGUAGCGUGACUGGUUCUGAAUGUUUUGCCCUUGAGAGGUCCCCUGUUGCUGUUCAAAGUAACUGAGUGCCGGGAGUAGCCCACACACCACUGGAGAGGCAAAGACAGGAGAUCUCUGUGAUUUUGAGAUCACCCCAUCUACAUAGCUCCAGACUAAUCAAGGCUACAUCUGAGACUCUGCCUCAAAAAAAAAAAAAAAAAAAAAAAAAAAGGGCAAAAGCAGAGGGAAAGAAAUAAGUGGACUGAGGCUAGCGAGGCUCUCCAGAUGCCAGGUUGAGACUCAGGUGACCUCUCAUUGACUGCAUUCUUCUGAGUUUGGAGUGACUGGCCAGGUUAUUCACUUGACACAUGUAAAGUCUCCUAGGAAGAGAAACUCAAUGAAGAAUGUUCUAGAUUUGGCUGGCCUGCAGGCAGGCGUGCAGGAUUUUCUUCAUUGAGGUGAGAAGAGCCAUCCUGAAUGUGGGUGGCACCAUUUCAUGGCUGGGCCCUAGAUCAAAUGAGAGAGAGCAGGCUGAGCACUACUCCAUUGCUCGUGAUAGCGGGUGUCAUAUGACCAGCUGCUUCAAGUGCUUGCCACCUUGACUUCCCUGAGGGAUGGACUGUACCCUCAAAUCAUGAGUCUAAUAAACCGUUUCUCCAUUGUACUGGUCA